CCUCAACUCACUCAAUUGUAUAUAGCCUCUUCACGCUGGGGAGCUUGGAGCUGCCGCUAUGACGACCAUUAUCAAGGUUCCUUGCUCUUCGGCCAACAUUGGCCCCGGCUUCGAUGUUAUCGGUCUCGCGCUCAACGUCUACCUGGAGGUGAGUCUCACAGUCACCCCCAAGACUCUCUCGGAGCACUCUCUCAAUUGCCGCAUCACGUAUGAGGGAGUUGGUGCUGCGUCGGUGCCGCUGGUCGCCGAAGACAAUCUAAUCACCCGAACCGCCGUCUAUGUCCUUCGCUGCCACGGCAUCCGCACCUUCCCCGCCGAAACACACGUCCACAUCAAGAAUCCGAUCCCGCUGGGUAGGGGCCUGGGCUCCUCGGGCGCUGCCAUUGUUGCUGGAGUCAAUCUGGCCAACGAGGUGGGUGGUCUCCAGCUUACCAAGGCCAGGAUGCUAGACUACUGCUUGAUGGAGGAGCGCCAUCCAGACAAUGUUGCGGCUGCUUUGUAUGGCGGAUUUGUGGGCACGUACCUGAACGAGCUCUCGGCUGAGGACACCGAAAGACUCGAGAUUCCGCUCAGUGAAGUGCUCCCCGAGCCUGCUGGAGGAGUCGACACCGGUCUCCGGCCCCCAGAGCCGCCGCAUGGCAUUGGCCAUUUCAAGAAGUUUAAGUGGGCACCAGAGAUCAAGUGUAUCUGCAUCAUACCUGACUUUGAGGUAUCCACUGCAAAAGCACGGGAGGUUCUGCCCUCCACAUACUCCAGAAAAGACGCUAUAUUCAAUAUGCAACGGCUGGCCUUGUUGACAACAGCCCUCGGGGAUUCUCCCCCAGACCCAGACAUGAUAUAUACAGCCAUGCAGGACAAAAUCCACCAACCUUACCGACGCGGGCUCAUUCCCGGUCUGACUGAUAUCCUGCAGUCUGUCACCCCUCAGUCGCACCCGGGAUUGCUUGGUAUCUGCUUAUCAGGUGCUGGGCCUACCAUUCUGGCGCUUGCAACGCACAACUUCGACGCCAUUUCUAGCCAUCUCUUGGAAGAGUUCAAGAAAGAGAACAUUCACUGUGAUUGGAAACUACUCCAGCCCGCCGAGGAAGGUACCACCGUCAUUCGCCCUUCACCAUUAGCAGAGCAAGGAGAGGCUCUGACAUAUGCCUCAUCCGGAGUCAGUAUUGAUGCCGGAAACGAGCUCGUCAAGCAGAUCAAGGCCUCAGUGGCCAGCACCAGACGACCUGGUGCUGAUGCCGAAAUUGGCGGCUUCGGUGGCCUCGUCGACCUGCAGGGUGCCGGUUACACAGAGGCGCCGAUUCUCGUGGGCGCAAUAGAUGGAAUCGGAACCAAGGUCAAAAUUGCCUUUGAAAUGGGGAAACACGAUACUGUCGGCAUUGACUUGGUGGCUAUGAACGUAAAUGACUUGGUGGUGCAGGGUGCGGAGCCUUUGAUGUUCCUAGAUUACUACGCCUGCUCUAAGCUGAACGUUGAGAAUGCUGCAGCGUUCGUGAGAGGAGUUGCUGAUGGCUGCCGACAAGCUGGAUCCGCCCUUGUAGGUGGCGAGACAGCAGAGAUGCCAGGUCUCUAUAACGCGGGGGAGUACGACGCAGGAGGUGCUGCCAUCGGUGCCAUUAAGAAAGGGGCGACGAUAUUGCCUGAUAAGCAGGCUAUGAUAGCCGGUGAUGUCCUGCUGGGUCUCGCAUCGAACGGCGCUCACUCUAAUGGCUUUUCCCUCAUCCGCAAAAUCAUCGAGAUAAAGAGUCUUUCGCUCCAUGACAGCGCGCCGUGGAGCACAGGUGAGACUGUGGGUGCCAGCUUGCUCGCUCCCACAAAGAUUUACGUCAAGCCACUCCUGGCGGCUACACAGAAAGGCCUCAUUAAGGGCAUGGCGCACAUUACGGGAGGGGGCCUCCUUGAGAAUAUCCCUCGCAUGCUUCCGGACUCUCUGGCAGCCGAACUAGACGCGAAAACCUGGCCGGUGCCGGAAGUUUUCAAAUGGCUUAAAGCGGCGGGCCACAUCGAGGACAUGGAAUUCUGUAGGACGUGGAACACGGGCCUAGGCAUGGUCCUGGUCGUUGAUGCUCGCAAGGCGAGGACUGCAACAGAGAUCCUACAAGAGUAUGGAGAAAAGGUAUACACCGUGGGGUCACUGGUUAAGAAAACAGACAAGGACUGUAUCGUCCAGAACAUGAAUGUCUGGGGAUGAAAUCGCCUUAGUAGCAGGAACAGCUCCUUGUCACGUGAUUCGAAUUUUCGGAUGGAACUGGUCGGCUUGCCAUCGUGAUGCUUGACAGUUGUGGCAGCUGCGGUGGAUCCCUCAGCUUCUGGUAAUGAGGGGUAGUUGUGGUCCCAACCGUGGGCGGGGAGAGCUUGAGCAAGUCGGACGUCCUUUGCAGGUAGUGAGCCCACAGUCCGCGUAUACCAUGGUUCAUAUGGCUUGCACAGGUCCCCAUCAUGGGCAGCCUUCAGACGGC